UGUGUGUGAGUUAAAAUGUACGUACUCUCGUACUGCUGAAAACUGAAAUGUUAUCAGAUAUAUGUAGUAAAAAACGAGAUUACGAGGGCUUAUAACAGUAUUAUGGGCGAAAUAGGCAAAAAUUUCAAAGAUUGGGACGUACCAAAAUGUUCCCGAAAUUCACAACCUAUCAAUACACUGGAGGAUAAAUGGAAAUUAGUUCCUUCAUUUCUGCAAAUAAAAGGGCUCGUGAAACAACAUAUAGAUUCAUUUAACUAUUUCAUCAAUGUGGAAAUAAAAAAGAUUGUUCAAGCCAAUGAAAAAGUGUUUUGUGACUCGGACCCUUUGUUUUACAUAAAAUAUUUGAAUGCUUAUGUUGGUACCCCUGAUUUGGAAGAAGGCUACAACAUGACAAAGCCUACUACUCCUCAUGAGUGUCGGUUACGGGACAUGACAUAUUCAGCGCCUAUUACUGUAGAUAUAGAAUAUAUUAGAGGCAAUCAAAGGGUUAUAAAAAAUAAGCAGUUGAUUGGAAGAAUGCCUUUGAUGCUGAGGUCCUCAAACUGUGUUUUGACAGGCAAAUCUGACUAUGAACUUGCCCAUUUACAUGAGUGCCCGCACGAUCCAGGUGGCUACUUUAUCAUUAGAGGUCAAGAAAAAGUGAUCCUUAUACAAGAACAAUUGUCCAGAAAUAGGAUGAUUGUGGAUGAGUUCAAAGGAGCCAUACAGUGCCAGGUGACCAGUUCCACUCAUGAGAAGAAGACCAGGACAAAUGUCAUAGUCAAAAAUGGAAAAUAUGUGCUGAGGCACAAUGCUCUGUCUGAUGAUAUACCAAUAGCAGUUGCCUUCAAAGCCAUGGGGAUCUGCAGUGAUCAAGAGAUCAUGCAGCUAAUAGGUACUGAUGAUUUGACAGUAAAGAAAAUGGCACCUUGCAUUUUGGACUGUCAUAAUUUAAAAGUCUUCACACAGACCCAGGCUCUUGCAUAUAUUGGAUCCAAAUUGAAAGUUAAAAGGUUCCAAGCUGCAAAUUCUAAAGCACGCACACCAAUUGACGAAGCACGUGAGCUUUUAGCUUCAACAAUCCUUGCUCACGUUACUGUAGAGAAUUACAACUUCUACGUGAAAGCUAUCUAUCUAGCCAUAAUGGUUAAAAGAGUUAUUGAAGCUGAAUCUAAUAAUGCGGCGAUAGAUGAUCCAGAUUAUUAUGGUAACAAGAGAUUGGAGUUGGCUGGUUCUCUACUAUCACUAAUGUUCGAAGAUUUAUUCAAAAGAUUCAACUGGGAACUAAAGAGCAUAGCUGAUAAAGUAAUACCUAAAGUGAAGGCUGCACCGUUUGAUAUUGUAAAGCAUAUGCGACCAGAUCUGAUUGCCAAUGGGUUGUUUGCUGCUAUUUCUACUGGAAAUUGGACCAUAAAACGUUUCAAAAUGGAGCGGCACGGCGUCACUCAAGUACUCAGUCGUUUGAGUUACAUAUCAGCAUUAGGUAUGAUGACCAGGGUGAACUCUCAGUUUGAGAAGACGCGGAAAGUUUCCGGCCCACGUUCCUUGCAGCCUUCCCAAUGGGGCAUGUUGUGCCCUUCAGACACUCCCGAAGGUGAAGGAUGUGGUUUAGUAAAGAAUUUGGCUCUGAUGACGCAUAUAACUACGGAGUGUUCAGAGGAACCAAUAAUUAAGCUCGCGUGCAAUGCUGGCGUGGAGGAUGUUAGGAUUCUGGGUGGAGAGGAUAUCAAUCACCCUCGUGUUUAUAUGGUAUUUCUUAAUGGUAAUAUAUUAGGAGUGACACAUCAGUACAAGAAGCUGAUCAACGUGUUCCGAAUGUUCAGGCGCCGCGGUCUCAUCUCAGCUUUCGUGUCAAUUUAUCCCAAUCACAACCAAAGAACGGUGUACAUAAGCAGUGACGGGGGACGCCUUUGCCGUCCAUACAUUAUAGUCGAAAAGGGAAGACCUUUAAUACAGCAAACUCAUCUAAACGAGCUGAACAGGGGGAUUAGAAAAUUCCAAGAUUUUUUAAACGAUGGUCUAAUAGAAUAUUUAGACGUGAAUGAAGAGAAUGACAGUUAUAUUGCAACUCGUGAGUCUGAUAUUGAACCCUACGUGACUACGCAUUUGGAGGUUGAGCCGUUUACUAUUUUGGGCGUUUGUGCUGGGUUGGUUCCGUACCCUCAUCAUAAUCAGAGUCCCAGAAACACUUAUCAGUGCGCUAUGGGUAAACAAGCCAUGGGAACAAUUGGUUACAAUCAAAAGAACAGAAUAGACACUCUGAUGUACAAUUUAGUAUACCCACAAAGUCCAAUGGUGAAAACAAAGACAAUAGAAUUGACAAAUUUUGAUAAAUUGCCAGCUGGUCAAAAUGCAACUGUCGCUGUCAUGAGCUACAGUGGGUAUGAUAUUGAAGAUGCUCUAAUUCUAAACAGGGCGUCUAUUGAUAGAGGAUAUGGCCGAUGUCUUGUGUACAAAAGCACUAAAACUACAAUGAAGAGAUACAGCAACCAAAGUUCCGACAGAAUACUGGGUCCUUCAAAAGAUGCUACAACAGGGAAAGUCGUCAAAUCUCACGACGUUCUUGAUUCUGAUGGAAUAGCAGCACCUGGAGAGAUGGCUGAGAACCGACAAGUACUAAUUAAUAAACAAACGCCUGUCCAAUCCAUACACCCCGUGACACAAGGUCAACCGCAACAAAUUGAAUACCGCGAUGUGCCUAUCACGUACAAAGGCUCUGUAGAAUCUUACAUUGAGAGAGUUUUGGUCACAUCAAAUGCUGAAGACGCGUUUCUUAUAAAAAUUUUGCUACGGCAGACGAGAGUACCUGAAAUUGGUGAUAAAUUUAGUUCCCGUCACGGACAGAAAGGUGUUACUGGUCUUAUAGUGCAACAAGAAGAUAUGCCUUUCAAUGAUAAAGGAAUUUGUCCCGAUAUGAUUAUGAAUCCUCAUGGUUUUCCGUCUAGAAUGACUGUGGGUAAAACCAUUGAAUUGCUGGCGGGAAAAGCUGGAUUGCUGGAAGGGAAAUUUCAUUAUGGUACUGCAUUCGGAGGCUCAAAGGUAAAAGACGUCUGCAAAGAGUUAGAAAAACAUGGAUACAAUUAUCACGGAAAAGAUAUCUUCUACUCUGGAUUGACUGGAGAGCCUUUGGAAGCUUAUAUUUACUCUGGACCGGUGUACUAUCAAAAACUCAAACAUAUGGUACAAGACAAGAUGCACGCGCGCGCCCGUGGUCCACGCGCGGUAUUAACCCGUCAGCCGACUGAGGGGCGUUCACGUGACGGCGGUUUGCGAUUGGGCGAGAUGGAACGAGACUGUCUUAUUGGAUAUGGAGCUAGCAUGCUGUUAAUGGAACGUCUAAUGCUGGCAUCAGACGCAUUCAGCGCAGAUAUCUGUGGUUCCUGCGGUCGACUUGCUUCUCGCGCUUGGUGUCAUGCCUGCCGGUCUUCCGCCGCGGUCUCUACCGUGGACAUGCCUUACGCCUGCAAAUUGCUCUUCCAAGAAUUAGCCUCUAUGAAUAUAGUCCCUAAGCUUACCUUGAAAAAGUACUGUUAAUUAGGUGUUUUUUUUCU